AUGUCCGCUGUGCUUGCGACGAUGUUAUCUCGCCUGCACGCUAAGGAUCCAAUGUCCGUGGACGAGCUUCUGAACCCACUGGAUGAGAAUACAACUUCAGAAGAUCCCACAGAUGAAGACUUCUGUGGAGUUGGCGACCAAAGAUUGGCUGAAGAUGGCUCUGAGGCCGGCUCAGAAAGCCCUGGCCAGGAUAUGGAGCGUAGUAUUGAGAAGGACCUUGAGCUAGAAGCAGUUAAAGAGCAUAUCAUGUGGAUUGAUAAGCUUCUGGUCCGUGCAGGUGCGACGGGAGUAUCGGAUAUAUCAGUGAGCAGAUUGCGAGAAAUGCAGCGCUCGCUCCAUGAAAAACUUGGAAGAACGCAAGGCCAAAGGUCUUUGCUAGAUUUCUUUGGAUGUCCUGUACAGUUAUGA